AGGCGAGCGCGCCCGGCAAGCCCAGGCGUGCCCUUUCCAAGGCAGCGGGCAGAGGCCGUGUCUGUCCCCGCCGGGUCCCGGGCCCCGCGGCCCAUGCUGGGGGCGGAGCCAGGGCGGAGGGCGGCGGCGCGGCCGGCCCCGCGCGGUGAUUGGCGGGCGGCCGGCGGUGGCUGAGGUCUUGGCGGCCGCGCGGGCAACGCAGGCGGAGUCGCGGCUGGCGAACCGAGAGGAUGCUGCUGUCCCUGGUGCUCCACACGUACUCUAUGCGCUACCUGCUCCCCGGCGUCCUUCUGCUGGGCUCGGCGCCCACCUACGUGCUGGCCUGGACGCUGUGGCGGGUGCUGUCCGCGCUGCUGCCCACCCGCCUGUACCAGCGCGUGGACGACCGGCUUUACUGCGUCUACCAGAACAUGGUGCUCUUCUUCUUCGAGAACUACACCGGGGUCCAGAUAUUGCUAUAUGGAGAUUUGCCAAAACAUAAAGAAAAUGUAAUAUAUUUAGCAAAUCAUCAAAGCGCAGUUGACUGGAUUGUGGCAGACAUGCUGGCGGCCCGACAGGACGCCCUUGGACAUGUGCGCUACGUGCUGAAAGACAACUUAAAAUGGCUUCCAUUGUAUGGGUUCUACUUUGCUCAGCAUGGAGGGAUUUAUGUAAAACGAAGUGCCAAAUUUAAUGAUAAAGAAAUGAGAAGCAAGCUUCAGAGCUAUGUGAACGCAGGAACACCAAUGUAUCUUGUGAUUUUCCCAGAAGGAACAAGGUAUACAGCAACACACACAAAACUCCUUUCAGCCAGUCAGGCAUUUGCUGCUCAGCGGGGCCUUGCAGUAUUAAAACACGUGCUGACACCAAGAAUAAAGGCCACUCAUGUUGCUUUUGAUUCUAUGAAGAAUUAUUUAGAUGCAAUUUAUGAUGUCACAGUGGUUUACGAAGGAAAUGAGAGAGGGUCAGGAAAAUACUCAAACCCACCGUCCAUGACUGAGUUUCUCUGCAAGCAGUGCCCAAAGCUUCAUAUUCACUUUGAUCGUAUAGACAGGAAGGAAGUCCCAGGGGAACCGGAACACAUGAAACAGUGGCUUCACAAGCGCUUUGAGAUAAAAGACAAGAUGCUCAUAGAGUUCUACGAUUCACCAGAUCCGGAAAGAAGAAACAAGUUUCCCGGGAAAAGUGUUCAUUCCAGACUAAGUGUCAAGAAAACUUUGCCGUCAGUGUUGAUCUUGGGGAGUUUGACUGCUGUCAUGCUCUUGACAGAGUCUGGAAGGAAACUGUAUAUAGGCACCUGGUUGUAUGGGACCAUCCUUGGCUGCCUGUGGUUUGUCAUUAAAGCAUAAGCAAGUAGCAGGCCGCAGUCACGGGCUCUUAGUGAUGGCUUCACAUUAUAUCCCAUUGUUUCCUGAAUUAAAUACUUUUUUUUUUAAAGCCUUGAUGAUUGAAUACUGGAUAAAGUAGAGUUUGUGACCAUAGCCAACAGCCAACAUGCAUUUGAUUUGGGACAAACACACGUGGCUUUUCAGGUGCUGGGGUUGCUGGAGACAUGGAAGCUAAGUGCAGUUCAUGCUGGUUUUUGUUUUUGUUUUUGUUUUGUUUUGUUUUUUUAUGUUUUCAUGAAUUAAUGUCCACUUGUAAAGAUUAUCAGAUGCUGUCUGUAAUUCAGAAGGUGGUAUUUUAACAUUAGUUUGCAGUGUGUUUUGCUCUUUUGGUUAUCUUCCAUUGGACUACUUGGCAGCUCAGACUCUUAAUACUAAAGUAUUUUAUAUUUUGAAGCUAUGUGAUCCUGGGUUGUUUUGUUGAUUUCUGAAAGUCAAUGAAAGACAUGGUAAUGAUGCUUUUUUUUUUAUGUUCCAAGAAAAAGGUGAGAAGUACUCAUGGCAAAAAAGAUCUGUCUAGUGUAUAUUUUUAUUAUAUUGCUCUAUUUAGCUAAUUUUCUUUAUAUUUGCAAAAUAAUGAAUGUUUCUAAUAUUUAUUAAAAUGAUUAAUUUGCAUACCCCCUAUUCUACAGAGAAUAAUGUGUAAAUUGUCAGAACAGACUUGAAGCUCUGAUAUGACUCUGUCUCCUUUGGCAGAGCUCUUAGUAGCCCAGCUUCUGAGCUACCUGUUCGUACCUCCCAGCACCGGUGCCGUUAAGAACUCAUAAAUGUAAGGGUCCCCAUUAUUUUCAUAUCAGAAUGGACAUCCACAGAGCUCUAAGGUCAUGGAAGUUGGCCAGCAUCUUAUCUGUCCGAGCACGUGCCUUCUGCCUGGCCCUGUCUGCUUUGGCACUGCGUCUGAUCUGGAGUGUAGGUGCUCACGGUCGCUCGCUGUUUGUCUCAGCCCUGGCUCUCUGGCUUUGUGUCCUCCAGUGGUGCUGUUCAUUGCUGGGGUGCAGGUAGUGCUGCCCUGACCCGGAGGGGUAUCUCCCUAGCUCCUGAGGGUGAGUCUCUUGGCUACAUGGCAGUAUUGUGCAUUUGUUUAUGGCAAGAACCAUCAGGAUUGGAUAAGUUUGUUAUUUCUCUUUAGUUUCCAUGGAGCCACACAGUUGUUACAUGGCCCAUGUGAGCAGAGCUACCUUCCAGGAGCAGAUCACACUGUUGUGAGUCGUGGGACAGUGUGUCCUGUGGGAGGAGGCUUUCUAAAGUGUGAUUUGCCAUAUUUCUAUGUUGUGAUUUAAGUGUGAUUGCCUACUAGUCAUUCAAGGAAACAUUUCGGCAAACUUCAUACGGAUUUUUGUCACAAAUGAUUUUGUCACAAAUACCAAUGAUCUAGUUGAACUAGACCAAUUGAAUCACAAUAAAUACAUUUUUUUAAAUUG